CUUAUCCAAUAUGGCUGCAAGUAAAAAAAUUGUAACGCUGUGAAAAAGUGCAACUCAAAUUGCAUUUUCCGCAUGGAUAUUAGUUAGAAAAGUGCCAGGAAUGUGAAAUUGUGUGAGGGGAAGUCGAAAACACCCGGAAAAACCAGUGCGCGCAAGGAAAUCUCAGCGAAAAAGUGAAAAACGCAAAAGUCGCCGGUGCCCCGCCAAAAAAAAGAAGACUACCCCGCCUCCCAAAAAAAAAAAAAACAAUUUCUCUCCGGAAAUAAGUAGAAAAAUAAAGUUGCAAUGGAAGCCGACAUAACGCCCUUGGCGGAAACCAACGGAGAGCAGCGCGAAAAUCCCCAGGAGAACGCUGAAAACCCCGAGCAACAGCGACAGGAUUUGGGCAAAUCCCUGGAUUCCGCGGAAGAUGGCGUCUCCGGGGCAGUGGGCCAGAUUAUAGACUACCUCGAGGACGAUGCCGGUGCAAAUGCGGAUCAGGACGCGGAAAUGGGCGAGGCCGAGUAUCUGGAUGGUGAAAAUCCGCCUGAGGAGGAAACCGAAUGUCCACAGGGUGGAAAAGCCAAUGAAAGUGGUCAGCAAGCAAGCAACACCGAGGAGUUACCAGAGGAGACUGCAACUGAGGAGGAAGUCUCUAAAGAAAAGUCUCUAGAGGAAGGAGAUAAAGAAACUGAACAGGAGAAAGAAACUACUUCUUUAGACAAAGAAGUUGAUAAAGACGACACAGAGAAGUCGGCCCCUAAAGAUGGAGAAGAGGUUGACCCAGAGGAGGAGGAAGAGGCAGCUGAGAAGACGGGCGAAGAAGAGGCCAUUGAAGAGGGCGAGGAGGCCCUCGAAGACGAGGAGGAGCCCACCGAAGAAACCGAAGAGGUUGACCAAGAAUUCGAGACCGCCACCGAUGCAGAGGGCGAGCUAAUCAUUGGCGAUGAACCCGGCGAAGGAGUCGACGCAGUAGCCCCCAUUCGGGAGCGCAAGAAAGAGGAGCCCGUGGACGAGAACCAGUGCCGCGUUUGCACCAGCAAGGAGGAGCUAGUCUGUCUGUUUAAAAAGCAAAUCGAUGCCACGCCCGCGGACAUGCUGCUGGUCAUCUGCCCCAGUGUCUCGAUUUUGCCCAAGGACUUUAUGCCGCAGUUCAUUUGCACCAAGUGCAUGGGCAGUCUCACUAUUGCCAUACAGUUGAGAAAGCAACUGGAGGCCACGGACCAGGACCUGCGCAAGCGCUUGUCCAGAAGCAAGAACAAGGUGCGGAGGCCACGCGGCUACGUGGUCAUCGAUGCACCUGUCACCGAUUCCAGCGAGGAUGAAGAUGAACUCGACGACGAGUUCAAGGUAUCCGAUGUGGGCGGCACCACGAGUGCAGAUAGCGACGACUCUGUCGACUCCGAUGCCAGUGAGAAGAAGAAGGAGAAAAAGAAACCCGGACCACGUGGACGUCCUCGAAAAAAACCGCUCAAGAGGAGCCCAGAUAGUGAUGGAGAGCCAUCAAGCGCCCAGAAGAAGAAAUACCAGCCCACGUCGACGGCUUCUGUGGGUCCAUUCGAGUGCCCCAACUGCGACUUGACGUUCUCGCGCAAACAAUCCUACGUGCUGCACCGCAAGACCCACGAAAGGAUAGAGCAUGCCUGUCCCAUCUGCGGCAAGAAGUUCAAGGUGGAGUGGGCCUACAAGACGCACAUGCAGCGGCACGAACAGGAGCGGGCUCACUUCCGCUGUGAGCUGUGCCCCAAGAUAUUCCGCUUGCGAGCGGAACUGAAGCACCACAUGGCCCAGCGACACGAUGAGCAUGGGUUCAUCUACGAGUGCAAGCGCUGCCAGCGGACCUUCCUCACGCAGCAGCGUUUGCAGCGCCAUCAGGCCGCCGGCUGUCAGCGGCACAAGGAGGAGACCGUUCGCAUCAAGGAGGAGCAGCCGCGCAUCAAGCAGGAGCCGCGCAUUAAGGAGGAGCGCAUCAGCCACGUACACGUCCAAGGACACUCCCAGGGAAACAACAGCAACAUGGGCAAGCGCCGUCCCGGCGAGGGUCGGGAUCUUUUCAAGGCAGUGGCCCCACCGACCACCACAUACUGGAGCGAUAGCUUCUCGGACUAAAAUCGAGGUGCGGCAGCAUGCGGAUUUCUGUUUUAAUCAACGAUUUUAAGUUUUCCCUUAGCCGUAGGAAGAAUUCAGUGCAAAUAAAUCACAUUUGUAAUAAAUACAAAAUAAAAUAA